AUGUCCGAAAAGCCUUCGAUCCGCUGGGGCAUUAUCGCUGUCGGCUUGAUCUCAUCAUGGUUCGUUGAGGACCUCUUGAUUGAGCGACCUGACGCCCCUAUCAAGCAUAUCAUUCAGAGUAUUGGCGGGAGAGACCUGAAGAGAUGUGAUGAAUUCGCGCAGAAGUACUGCCCGAACGCCUCCCCGAAGCUCUACGACAGCUACGAAGCUGUAUACUCUGACCCUGAUGUAGACGUGGUUUACAUCGGCACUCCACAUGCGUUUCACAAGCAGAACAUGCUGGAUGCUAUUGCUGCUGGUAAGAACAUACUUUGUGAAAAGGCAUUUACGAUAAAUGCCAAGGAAGCUAGGGAGGUAUUCGAUGCCGCCAAGGCCAAGGGAGUAUAUGUUAUGGAAGCAAUGUGGCUGCGUUUUCGACCCCUGAUACAUCGCCUAAGAAAGCUGUUGUUUGAGGAGAAAGUCAUCGGUGACGUGUAUCGUACUUUCGCCGAUUUUGCUAUUGAAAUUGAUAUCGAGUCCUUGCCCCAAUCCUCUAGAUACAAAGACUUGUCUCUGGGCGCGGGCACCCUACUCGACACAGGCAUUUACUCCUUGACGUGGGCGCUACUUACUUUGGAUCCCGGCUCACCUGGCCAUUCAGAGAAGCCCAUCGCCUUGGGCAUCCAAAGCCACGAAGACGGAAUCGAAGUGACCACGAGCAUUCUCCUCCAAUACCCCUCUACCGGCAGACAGGGAAUCGUAACCUCCAGCUCAAAAUCUAAUGGCCACCCCAAUGUCUUCUGCACCAUUUGGGGCACAAAUGGCCUAAUAGAAGUCGAAGGCCCAACAACGUCUCUGCCUCUCUCGUUCACUGUCUACCCCAAGAUGGAGGGAGAUCCAAAUUCGGGAUCGCUGCAAAGAGGAGAAGGUACGAAACAUGAUUUUGCGCAGAUUGGCAGAGGUUUCAUCUAUGAGGCCGACAGCACAGCAUUGGAUGUGCUAGCUGGCAGGAAAGAAAAUGCAAUCAUGCCCUGGUCCGAAACUCUACAUGUACUAGAUAUAAUGGAUUCAAUCAGGAAGCAAGGAGACACUUGCUAUCCAGGUCACGAUGAGUCAUUAUAG